ACAGAUAAUAAUGAUCGUCGCAAUCGUUCUACGUUUUCUUUUCUCUAUGACAGUUGAUAUGAGUUAGACGCUUAUAUAGUUUGAAGUGGGUUAGAUAUUGUCGUUGUGCAUUGUCCAAUAACAAGUGUUGGAAUCAGAUCAUUGAUCUUAAUCAGUUAACUAUCAAUUACUGUGAUUUAUUAUUAUUCUGCAUAGCAGUAUUAUACCUAAAUCAAAAAAAUUAUAUCAGAUUUGUUGCAGUUAAACCAAUACGAACAUACGAACAAUUAUGAAUCGUUGGGAAGGGAAAGUCGCGGUCGUGACUGGUUCUGCAUCCGGAAUCGGCAAAGCAAUUACGUGUGCUCUGCUUGAAAGGAAGAUAAUCGUGGUCGGUUUGGAUAUUCAGAACGAGGAAGACACAAAAACGGCUGACAAUACAAAGAAUAAGAGGAACAGAUAUUAUCCUCUUCGUUGCGACGUUACUUGCGGGGAUGAACUAGACGCUGCAUUUUCAUUUGUCGAUGAAAAAUUAAAUGGAGUCAAUAUUAUGGUGAAUAAUGCCGGUGUUGUGAAUUAUCAUCGCGUUAUUGAAAGCGACAGGAAGACAUUUGAAAAGCUGUUAAAUAUUAAUGUACUCGCAGUGGCUGUGUGCAUAAACCGCGCUGUACGUUCAAUGCGAAAGAGAAACGUCGAAGGGCAUGUUUUCAAUAUCAACAGUAUAUUAGGACACCUAAUACCGUUUGGAGGUCCUAUCGAUGUUGAAGGUUGUAACGGGUGGAAUUUGUAUCCUGCAACUAAACAUGCAUCGGUUGCAUUAACGGAGACAGUGAAACACGAACUGCAUGAUGUCGAAGUACCCAUUCGAAUAACAAGUAUCUGUCCAGGUUACGUAAAGACCGAAAUUUGCGGAAACAAUACGAAUGUUAAAGACUUCCUGUUUUCGAGGCCAAUGCUUUUACCCGAAGACAUAGCCGAUGCUUUAAUUUAUGCACUUGGAACACGACCCGAGGUUCAGAUUUCAGAGAUAAAAAUACAAAUCAGAGGAGAAAUUCCGUAAUAAAUUUUCUAACAGAAUGGGAAAUUAUGCUAACAGAUAAUAUAUUUAUCGUAAAAAUUUUUAAGUUGUUAUAGAUAUAAAGAUAAAUGAAAUUUAUACUUAAAAAUUAUCAACACUAUGUGUAUUAUUUAAAUAUAUUCGUUGUGAUUUCUUAAACGAUCAGCACAUAUAAUUUGUUUCAAUUUGAUUCGUCAUAACAAUAUUAAUUAUAUAUAUUAAUAAAAUGUUUAUUA